ACUCUGCUCCUUGUGUUCUUCUUUUGCUGAAGGAAACACCAUGGAUGGUGAUCAAGAAAGAAAGAGGGUUUCUUCAAGACAUGAUGCACGUGGUUUUGCUAUUAUCAACGAGAGGAUCCCAGCCCCUGCUUGGACCGGUCAUGCCAGUUUUGUACUGCAGCUUCUGGACUUAGCUCUCCUAUUUACCUUAAGAAACACUAGUGAUGGAGCAGAAAUGGUGGGAGAUAGAGGAAAUGCUCCUCUAAUAGCCGUGUUCUUGGAUCAUUUAUUGGGAUACAAGGAGUAUGCUGCAACAAUGCAUAGGUCAGGGCGCAAAGAAAGCUUGACCAUUGGCGGAAUUCUGACACCAAUUCUGGUAGCUGCGAAUAUAGACGUGGGAACAGGAGACUCUUCCCCAACUUGGAUCGAUAUGGCGUACUUAAGGAAGAAGGGAUAUCUUGAUAAAACAGCUCCUGAAGGCGUGUUGCUCUAUGUGUUCAACCACCCUGAAGAAGGAACUUCUAGGCUGCUUCUACCAUGCACGAAUCACACCACGGUUAGGGCUGGUGAGAACAUCGAUUUCUGCCCACCAUCCUUCAUUCUCUACGAUUCACAAGUCGCCCCUGCCUCUCCACCGCCUCAAGCAAUGCACGAGGACGACCAGGAGCAAACCCAAGACGCUCCUGAUGAUUAUGCACCAGAGCGGUUCUUCUUCGAGGAAUACAAAGCUCCUAGGCAGACCAAAGGCGAGAGAGAAGCUCACAAGCGCAUAGGACUCCUGCAAGGAUUGGGAAAGUUUCAAGGGAAGGCAAUGCGAGGAUUGUCCAAGAAGGUAGACUCAUUGACCACCAUGGUGAAGAAGAUGGCGCUUCAGAUCACAGACCUCCAGAAGAAGUCCAAGCAUUCUCCAUCAUCAUCAGAAGAGAGAGGUACUUUGAGAAGAAGCGGUUCCUCAAGCAUGGCUCCAAGACACGCGGUAAAGGCUGAUCCUCCUAGAUAUUCAUCCUUUGAACCACGCCAGAGGGAAAGCGAAGAAGAGUCUGCACCACUCCCCAAGCGUUCGCAGAGGCAUCGCAGCAAGCGGAAGGUUCAGCGGCCAAGUCCAGAGGCAGACUCGACCAUGGAGCUCGAUGACACGUCGAGUCUGCACGUCGAGCCUGCUCCAGAGCCAACUAAUCCUCCCUACAUGCAAGACAACACCAAUGUCGAGCAGCCUCUUCCAAAGUCAAGCACAGCUCCUUCUUACACGCAGGAGAGCAUGGAUGAGUUCCUCGACACCUACUUCGGAUAAAACCAAAGUACCACUCAUCCCCCUAAACCAUUGUA